AUGAAGUUCCUAACAUGGAAUGUUAGGGGCUGCAAUGUCCUUGACAAGCAUUGCAUGAUCAAAAGAGGAUUUGAUCAGGCGAAACCAGAAGUUAUUUACAUUCAGGAAACUAAGUUAGGUAGUGAAGAGGCGGCUAGGAUUCUUGGUGUUAGACAGAGAUGGUCUGGUUUUUUUGUUAAUGCGAAGGGGGCUUCAGGUGGCCUGGGUAUCUUGUGGAACCCCCAAUUAGUGAAAGUGGAAGCAGUCUCAAGUUCUAAAUACUGGCAGUUGGCAAAGGUAAGGUCACAGACUAUCAACUUCUCAAGUUUCUUAAUCACUGUUUAUGGUCCUAUUAAAACAACGGAUAAGUGCCAGCUAUGGAAGGAAAUUACCAAUACUUUAGAGGAUAUUAGGCCGGCCAUAACGAUUUUUGUGGGGGAUUUCAAUGCCACUCUUUCCCACUUGGACAAGCAUGGAGGGCGUUUGGGUUUCUCCAACAUAGCUGAGAAACUUGAUAGGUUCUUUUUGGUAGGGGAUUGGAACCUGGUUCCCCUUAUUUUUGAGGCGGACGUUUUGGCAAUCUCUGGCUCAGAUCACUUCCCGGUCUCACUUGUUUUGCAGAAGGAUGGAGCUCCGCUCAGAUGCCCCUUUAAGGUGGAAAAGAUGUGGCUAAGGGAGAAAGGCUUCAGAGAUCAGGUUGUUCGAUGGUGGAAGGAGGCCCCUGUGGUUGAAGGAUUCUUGUCUUUUCAGUUCUUUAAAAAGCUAAGCUAUGUUAAACAGAAACUGAAAAGCUGGAACAAGACUGUAUUUGGAAAUAUCUUUGAAGAGAAAUGA